GGAGUAUAUCUGAAAUUUGAGACAAAGAGAAAGGACAGCUGUCUGUUGUGCUCUGCAGACUACAUGAGACAGAUUUGAGCUUCCACAGGCCAGAAUGAGAGGACUUUAUGCAAUUUUGCUCUUUGUCUGCUGCAUCAGGGCUAAGAAGACGCGGUGGUGCACCGUGUCAGAUCCUGAACAGAGGAAGUGCGCAGAACUAGCUAAAGCUUUGGUGGCAGUGUUGCCACCAGCUGUUGUGGCAGCUUUUGCCAGACUCUCAUGCAUACGAGCGUCCAGCACGACUGACUGCAUCGACCGGAUCAGGGGUAACCGUGCUGAUAUAGUGACGUUAGAUGCAGGAGAAGUUUAUUCUGCUGUGAAGCAGUUCGGCCUCGUUGCCGUCGCCAAGGAGAUAUACAGUGACGGAGGCUGUAUUCUGUCUGUGGCUGUGGUGAGAAACAGCAGUCUGGACAUACGAUCCCUGCAGGGCCACAGGAGCUGUCACAGUGGAGUUCGAUGGACAGCUGGAUGGAGUCUUCCUCUCGGCUUCCUGCUUUCCCGGAACUACCUGAGCUGGUCAAAGGAGCAGCCGCUCAGUCAGGACGUCAGCACCUACUUCAGUGCCAGCUGCAUUCCUGGAGCUGCAGCCAUGGCACCACCUCUGUGCUCGCUGUGCCAAGGCCAGAAGUCCUACAUUCGCCAGAAGAAUUACCACUGCGAAACGUCCCACAGUGAGCCCUUCUACAACAGCCAAGGGGCCCUCAGAUGUCUCAGGAGCGGGGUAGGAGAUGUUGCAUUUGUGGACCAUUUAUCUCUUGAAAGUAUUGAAGACGGUGAUAAAGACGAGUUCAGGUUGCUGUGUACAGACGGCACACAAGCUCCUCUCAGCCACUACAGAAACUGUAAUCUGGGACGUGGCCCAGGAGGCGGCAUGGUCACCAGGUUCAACUUCCGCAAGGUCGCUCGCAAAUUCCUAGGGAUGGCACAGGUGCUGUUUGGCCAACGAGGAAGAGAGAGGCAACGCUUCCAACUCUUCAACUCAUCUUCUUUUGGAGAAAACGACCUUCUCUUCAAAGACGCGACGGAUAAACUGGCUGUUCUAGCAGAUGACAUGGAUGUCAGUCAGGUGCUGGGUCUAGAUUAUGUGGCACUCCUCAAAGGUCUUGGACAUGAAGGAAGUUCACUGGAAGACAGUGUUGUGCGAUGGUGCUGUAUUAGCCUUGCAGAGCAGAAGAAAUGUGAGCAGUGGGCUCUCAGUAUAAAGUCAGACCCGCUGGUGUGCGUUAGAGCCGUCUCAAUCCGUGAUUGUAUUGAGAAAAUAAAGAGGGACGAGGUGGACGCUGUCUCGCUGGAUGCAACUCACUCUUUCAUCGCAGGAAAAUGUGGUCUUGUCCCUGUAGUCACAGAAUAUUACGGAAGAGAAUGUGUGCCUGCUGAAGGAUCAGCCCACCUGGAGACAGAUGUGUUGCCCUCAGUGGUGGGUGUGGCAGUGGCCAAGCGCUCCAGCAGAAGCAUAUUCAUCGGGAACCUCGGAGGCCGUCGCUCCUGUCACACUCACAUGUACAGCCCAGCAGGCUGGCUGCUGCCAUACAGACACACAUUAAGCCUGGAGCAUAACAGCAGCUCCCCCUGUGAUCCAAACCAAGUGUACAACAAGGUGUUUUGGAAAGGCUGCCUUCCCGGCUCUCAGGGGAAUCUGUGUAAAGUGUGUAUGGGAGGCACCGGGGAGGCUGCCACCAAACGCUGUGCUGACAACCACAAUGAGCGUUUCUAUGGCAACAUGGGGGCUUUAAGGUGUCUGGUAGGAGAUCCCAGUGGUAAAAGCUACGGAGAUGUGGCCUUCCUUGAGCAGCACAACCUUCUUACCAACAUCCUCAGUUUGAGUUCCACUGGUUGGGCAGAGGGGUGGACGUCAUCAGACUUUGAGCUGCUGUGUGGAGAUGGUCGUCGGGCCCCGUUGUCAGAGUGGGAGAGCUGUAACCUCGGAGUCAUCCCUCCGAACACCAUCAUGACACGGCCAGUGCUCACAGCACGGGUGUACGACUUCCUCAUGAAGUCACAGGAAACUUUGUCAGCCAACCCAAACUCAGAGUUCAAACUCUUUGAGUCUCAGCAAUAUGGAGAAAGUGAUCUGCUGUUCAAAGAUACAACUCAGUGUCUUGUCCACACGAGCCACAUGGACUACCGCUCCAUCCUCGGAGACGAGUUUUACAGUCACGCAGAAACCGUCUUCAACUGCACACACUCUGAUAUCCUGGAGUUUUGUAAUCAGGACGUGUGCAGCAUAUUUUAAUGGACAGACAGAAGGAAACGAUACCUUUACUUGUGAUACUCAGCAGUUCAACCUUUCAUUCACAAAUGUGUUUUGUAGGUAUUUGUUUAAAUAAACCAUCACUGGUAUCAUCGUGUUCACAGCAAAGAUUAAACUCCUGACUGAUAAUGUA